UUACACACAUGCUCAUUGUGAAAACUGUACGCGUGCAUGGUCUAUAGUGUUGUUUUGGUAUCUUAUAUUUCUUCUUUCAGUCGCUUUGUUUUGCGAAGGAUUUAUGCAAGGCUAUAUCGACUGUCACUGUCACAUCUCUUCGAGAGAUUUUGAUGGUGACAUUGAUGAUGUUAUCGAGCAGUCAAAAAAGGCUGGAGUUCUGGCACUUGUUGCUGUAGCAGAGCAUGCUGGGGAGUUUGAGAAAAUUAUACAUCUGUCACAGAGGUUUCCUGGAUUUAUCAUGCCUUGCCUUGGAGUUCACCCUGUUCAAGAAGAUCCAGCACAACCCAGGGGGGCAUUACCAGAGGAUUUAGAUUCUGCAUUGCCGUUAAUUGAAAAAUAUAAAGAGCACAUUGUGGCCAUUGGAGAGGUUGGUCUUGAUUUCACACCCCGCAUAGUCAAUACUGAGGCAGGGAAAGAACUACAGAGACAAGUACUCAUUCACCAAGUAGAGCUUGCAAAGCAACUAAAUCUACCUCUAAAUGUCCACUCAAGGUCUGCUGGAAGACCAACCAUCCACCUCUUAAAGGAGUUAGGUGUAGAGAAUGCUCUUCUUCAUGCAUUUGAUGGAAAGCCCUCAGUUGCAAUGGAAGGUGUACGUGCAGGCUACUUCUUUUCCAUACCACCAUCAAUUGUAAGAAGUGAACAGAAGCAGAAACUUGUGAAACAGUUGCCACUAGAAAACAUGUGUCUGGAGACUGAUUCACCAGCCCUUGGACCUGAAAAGCAGGUAAGGAAUGAACCAAAGAAUAUCUCCAUUAGUGCAGACUAUGUUGCAAAAACCAAAGGCAUUCCUGUGGAAAAGGUUAUAGAAGUCACCACACUCAAUGCUCUUCGUCUUUUCCCCAAGUUGAAGACAUUUAUCAGUCAUAUGUGACUGUGAUGACAAGGACUCUACAAAAAAAUCAAGAUUAAUUCAAUACAGUGCACUCUGUAUGGAAAUAAACAGUGACACAAUCUUUUGUUGUUUUGGUUUUUAACUUUCAUUGAAAUUUCAACUAAAACAUUGACUAAGAAUGGUAGAGUGCUGGAUUCAUUGUAAUGUUCCAUGGCAUGUAAAGUUUAUAUCAUGUGAUUUAACCUUAGUGAUUUUUUUUUCUGUUAAAUAUACUGUCAUACAGAAGCAAAACAAAAUAACACAUAAAGGCUGCAGUUGGGUUAUGUUAAAUAAAUAAUGAUUCAUAUGUGCACACUUUGUGGGAGUAUAAAGAUUAAUGUAAGUUAUGUAGUAUCUCGUUUAAUAAAAAAAAAAUACCUAGAGUUAUUGAAUAUGCUAUAUGUUACAGAUGCAUUAUGGAUUGCUUUAGGGCAAUCCUUUUUUUUUAUGUAUUUUUUUGUUUGGGGAGACUGUAAAUCCCACAUGGUUCACCUGAUUUGAACACACAUCCUAGAGACAAGGAAUGUGUAUUUUAUGAUGUUAAUUAAAAACAAUGGUAUACUGUUA